GAAGUCACAGCGGAACAGAGAGCCUGGCUUAGGAGUGAUCAGAGCAUCAUCAGCAGAAAGUUAUCAACAUGGGGAACUGUUGUGAGUGUAUGAGGAAUUUCUUCUUAGGGCACAAGAACACCAAUGUCCGAGUUAGCCUGCCGGCUGUCUGCUUUGUCUGGCAGAUUGCUAUGAUUAUAUUGUUUGGAGUUUUCAUCCGGUAUGAUGAGGAAUCAGACGUACGGAGAUGGUUAGAGCACAAACAUAGUCACAACAUCACCAGCGAUAUUGAAAAUGACUUCUACUUCAGAUAUCCCAGUUUCCAGGAUGUCCACGUGAUGAUCUUUGUUGGAUUUGGAUUCCUCAUGACCUUCCUGAAACGCUACAGCUUCAGUGCUGUGGGCUUCAACUUCCUGAUCGCCUCCUUUGGUCUGCAGUGGGCUCUUCUCAUGCAAGGCUGGUUCCAUUCCCUUGACCACUCCACCGGGAAAAUCACUAUCGGAGUAGAGAGUCUGAUCAAUGCAGAUUUCUGUUGUGCUGGCUCCCUGAUUGCCUAUGGUGCCCUCCUGGGGAAAGUAAGCCCUGUCCAGCUGUUGGUUGUCACCUUAUUUGGGGUCACGCUGUUUGCUGUGGAGGAAUUCAUCAUCCUCAGCCUCCUUCAUUGCAGAGAUGCUGGUGGCUCCAUGGUCAUUCACUGCUUCGGAGGGUACUAUGGAUUGGGCAUCUCCUGGGUCCUCUACAGACCAAACCUACACCAAAGCAAACGCCUCAAUGGGUCUGUCUACCACUCUGAUGUCUUUGCCAUGAUUGGUACACUGUUCCUGUGGAUGUUCUGGCCCAGUUUCAACUCAGCCAUCACUGACCAUGGUGACGGACAGCACAGAACAGCCAUCAACACUUACCUCGCCCUCGCUUCCUGUGUUCUCACCACUGUGGCCAUCUCCAGCAUGUCUGACAAGAGAGGAAACCUCGACAUGGUGCAUAUCCAGAACGCCACUCUGGCUGGUGGUGUUGCCAUGGGAACAGCAGCAGAGUUCAUGAUCACUCCUUAUGGUGCUCUAAUCGUGGGAUUCUGCUGUGGCAUCAUCUCCACCUUUGGCUACCUGUUUGUCACACCCUUCUUAGAGAAAUAUCUCAAGCUCCAGGAUACAUGUGGUGUCCACAACCUGCACGCUCUGCCAGGGAUGCUCGGUGGCUUUGUAGGUGCCAUUGUUGCUGCAGCUGCCACUGAGGAGGUCUAUGGCAGAGAGGGGCUGAUCUCGGUAUUUGACUUUGAAGGCAGUUUUGCAAACAGAACCGUAGGGACCCAGGGAGGCUUCCAGGCUGCUGGCACAUGUGUGGCUAUUGCAUUUGGACUUGUUGGUGGAGCACUUGUUGGGAUCAUUCUGAGGUUCCCUAUCUGGGGCGACCCUGCUGAUGACAACUGCUUCGAUGAUGAAGCUUACUGGGAGGUUCCUGAGGAUGAGGAGAGCAUCCCUCCUGUUCUUGAGUACAACAACCACAUGAUACACAAGCACCAAGACAUAUCUGAGUCAAACUUCUCUGUGGAGCAAAGUUAGAAGGAACACUUCAAACUUAAUACAGCUGUGAAAUGACACUAAUUCAUCAAGGAGUCACCCUAAAAAAUGUGCAAUUCUCCAAGAAAUGAAGAAUAUUUUUGACACACAGGUCCUCUGCCACUCUUGCCUCGCAUCAUUUACACUUGAGACAUUUGUCAGUGAUUGGAAGCUUAAGGUUAUGAUAAUUGUGACAAAAUAUCUUAUUUUUUAUUAUUGUGCUUAAAAACUGUUAUUCUUUAAGGGAAAACUUUAUAUAAUUUGCACAUGUUGCAGAUGAUUGUAAAAUAUCAGGUACUGAAUCCAAGCAGCAUGAUGUAAAGUCAAAGACACUUUGUGUUGUGUAAGAAGAUUGCUACGCACGGAAGAACUGAGGAAUAUUUUCCCAAAUUUGGAAAUGCAUCACUGUAAAUCAGUUGUUGUACAUCAUUUAUCUUAAACCUCUAAACUUUUGGCUUUAAAUUGUUAAAUAUUGCCAUAAUGUUUGCCUUUUGUAUUUCAUCUCAUCUCUUUUUUAGUUGUGUGUGGGGGAAAAAGAAGGUGUUAAGUGAAUAAUCAGAGGUAUUUGUGAAUCCAGAUUAGAUAGUUUUUUAGUUGUAUAUCUUACUUACUUAUUUCUUUUAAUGAAUGUAUUGGACUUUAUAACCUGUGUGUAUAUAUAAUUUUAUGACUCACUGUUUUUUGUUGCACUUACUUGGUCUUGAGGUGGAAGUUAUGAGUAACUACUGUAUCUAUGAUACAAUUUCUACAGUUUUGCGAUUUGGUUGCUGUAGUGUUGAGUGUUACCUCCAACACACUUUGUGUGAUUGUAUGUGACAAUCUGCCUGUUCUAUUGUUGGCGUAUUUUUAUAUGUACACAUUAAAAAAUCAUAUGUAACUGGAAUUUAAUUAAAAAAAAGUUAUGUUAUUGUCUUUACAAACUAAUUUCUCGCAUUUUUACACACACCUAUGAUAAAAAUGCAAAAAUGUCUAAAUAAAUAAAUAAAUUAUUACAAUGCUGA